AGCCUCAGUGGGCGGGCAGCUGCGACACUGGCAGGCAGUCACAUGAUUCGCGCAAAGCCCAGCUGCCCAAUUCCAAUAUGGUGGCCAGCUUGGCAGACCUACGGUUCUUGUUGAUGAUAUUAUUGCUCUGCUGGAGGAUCAGGGACGGCGCCUGCACCCAGCAAGCCCCGUGGGUUCUGGGGCUGCGACUGGAGGACCCAGAAGGCCAGGUGUAUAUGAAGGAGCGGAUCAUCUCUGCGCCGCAAGGGGCCAGUUUCAAGCUUCGGCUGUUCGGUUGGGAUCUAAAUGGGACCUGGCCGUGGGUGGCGUUCGCUGGAACAAGACAGGAGGAGACCGGGGUGGUGGAGGAUGCAGCUGACCCGUGCGAGCAAGAGACCCGACGUGUCUCCGCCGCCUUCCAGGUCACCGGGGAGUUCACAGCGGACGAGGAGUACAGCGGGUUGAUAACGGUACAGACGCGGGACAAGAGCAGCAUCUCUCCCGCUGCAUCCUCCACGGGAGGAGGGGAUGAUGGCAACCCUGCCUACCACCACCACCACCUGUGCGUGCUGAAGAACGGAAGCUGGGUUUCGGUGGGACCGGACAGGUUGCAGAUCAGCAACGACGCAGGUCUCCCGGCAGACUACAUCCCUCCGUGGGGUAUUGCGGUGCUGAUCGUGCUGCUGAUCCUGGUGUGCGGGGUACUGAGGAGUGUGAAUCUCAGCCUGUUGUGGCUGGACCCCCUGGAGCUCUACGUUUUCCACAGCUGCGGCUCCGAGGAGGACAAACGGGCCGCCAAGCGCCUCGAGCCAAUCCGGAGACGAGGCAACUGCCUGGUGUGUUCUCUGCUGUUCCUGUGCGCUCUGGGCCACUCGGUUCUCGGUGUGCUACUCUACAGGGUCCUGGGUUCCAUAGCGCCCGCCGUCUUUACCAGCGGGUUCCUCAUCUUCCUGGUGUCAGAGCUUGUUCCCCACAUAGUGUGUUCCGGCUACGGCUUCCAGCUAGCCCCAGGCUUCACCUGGCUGGCACAGGUGUGUAUGGUACUGACGUGCCCACUGUCGUGCCCGCUGGGCCUGGUGCUGGACCUGGUGUUGAGACGUGACAUCAGCACCUGCGGUGUGAGGGAGAGGGCUAUGGAGAUGAUCCGCACCAACGCCAAUGAUCCCUACAGUGAGUUUGUGAAGGAGGAGUUUAGCCGUGGUGCACUGCGCAGGAAGACCGUGGAGGACAUCCUGACUCCAUUGAACGACUGUUUCAUGCUGCCGUCCACCGCUGUGCUGGACUUCUCCACCAUGUCAGAGAUCAUGCAGAGUGGAUACACACGAGUCCCCAUCUAUGAAGAGGAGAAGUCCAACAUCGUGGAGAUCUUGUUCGUGAAGGACCUGGCUCUGGUCGAUCCUGAUGACUGUACUCCCAUGACGACCAUCACCAAGUUCUACAAUCACCCACUGCACUUUGUCUUCAAUGACACUAAACUGGACGCCAUGCUGGAGGAGUUCAAGAAAGGAAACUCUGCCCUGGCCAUCGUUCAGAAGGUGAACAACGAGGGGGAGGGGGAUCCCUUCUACGAGGUGCUGGGAUUGGUCACCUUGGAGGAUGUCAUCGAGGAGAUCAUCAAAUCAGAGAUCCUGGAUGAGUCCGACGGCUACAUGGACAUGAAGGUGAAGCGUCCCAUGGCCCCUCUGGAGAUUCCUCUGGAACCUUGCAGUGUCCACCAAGAGUUCUCUCUGUUCAAACUCCCAGAGGGAGAACCCAAGAUCCGCACCUCACCUCAGCUACUGCUGGCCACACACCGCUUCCUCUCCAGAGAGGUAGAGCACUUCAGUCCAGCCCGCGUGUCAGAGAAGGUGUUGUUCCACCUGCUCCGUCACCCCAGUGUUAACCAGGAAGUUCACUUUGACCCCUCCAACCGCCUGAGCCCCGACCACUACCUCUACACACGCAACCACCCCGUAGACUACUUCAUACUGCUACUACAGGGGCGUGUGGAGGUUGAGAUCGGUAAAGAGGGCUUGAAGUUUGAAAACGGAGCGUUCACAUACUACGGUGUGUCUGCACUCACAGCGCCAACCUCAGUGCACCAGUCUCCAGUUUCGACCCAGCGUCGUCCUCCCAGGGAUCCAUUUGAGAUGGGAGACGCCACCAGCCCGUCCAGCUACUGUCCUGACUACACCGUCCACGCCCUCACUGAUCUGCAGCUCAUACGGGUGACUCGGAUGCAGUACCUGAAUGCUUUGAUGGCGUCGCGUGUUGGCCAGAGCCCAGAAUCUCCUGAGAUCAAGAUCCUGCCUAACAGUCAGACAAAGCUGCUCAACGAGAGGAACACUGUCACACAAGGACACCCACAGGAGGUGGCAGUAAAUCCCAGGAAAGUUCAACGGAAGAGGAGGCUCAUGGGUAAUGAAGUUCUCUCUGUCAGAACUAUGUGUUACUCAGACAACCAACAAGGAGGCUUUUUAAAAAAUAUCUAUUUUUAUCAGUGAAUCUCUUAUCUCUGGAAUGCAGUAAUUGGACCUGGCUGGAGUGAGCAUCUGUGUGAGUGGUGUGUGUGGCUACUGCACUAUCCUCAGCCGUUUUCCUCAUUCAUUGUACGUUUCGCAUUCAUGCCAAUCGUGUGUAUGUGUGUGUGCACCUCUCCUCCCUGUUGUAAAUUAGCCUCCUUUGCCUAAAAGUUACAUUGCCUGUUCCUUCAUUAUUAGCCUAUCUGUGUGCCAAAGCAACUCACAUCAACCCCCUGUGUGUGUUGUCACAACCCGUCCAUCCAAGCAUUAGACACAGGUUGGUCAAAAAAAGCCCAUUUUCACAGAAAUGUGUACACCGCUUUUGGUGAUUUGCUUUAGUUGUUUGAUUAUACGUCCAUAUUUUAUUUGAUACACUCCCACAUAUUUGUCUAUCUAGACCUAAAUGGAAGGCCUGUAUACAGUAUAUCAGGAGACCUACGGGAUGAUUGGAACUGUUUUCUCUAGUUAAAGGGCUACAUCACCCAACAGUAAAGAAACAAAUAUGUAUUUUAAAAUGUUCAUACUAUCCCUUUAAGAGAGCUGAUGCAACGCUUGUGUCCAUUCCUUUGCACAGUCACUGUUUAGCUUCAGGUCUGAGCUGUGAUGGGAGUGGUAGGUGUGCGUGUGCGUGCCCUCUCCCAUUUGACCUCUCUUACGGCGUGCCAACUCUGACCCAGUCUGCUUUCAUGCAUUCCUUUUGUUUGGCCAAGUUGCCAUAGAGACAAUCACAAUCCCCUUUAUUCACUCAGUAUAUUUACCCAGACACCAUACAUAAUAGAUAAACACCAUACAUAAUAGAUAAAACAGACACAAGUCCACAUAGACACCAUACAGAAUAGACAAUGUGUUUGUGUCUGUCACAUCUAAAGCACCUUGUUGAUUUUCUCAUCCUUGAUAGCCGAGUAGGUUGAGUUCCAUUAACUUGCCACACACACACACAAGUGGUGUGUGUAUGUGUGUGACUCUUUCAGGAAACUCCAUUUCCCAUGUUGCAGUGUAACUACCCAUGUGUGCAGGGAAUACAUAUGUUACCCACUGUCCUGUGGAGACAGGAAACGCCUAGAUAAAGGCCUGGUCCAGAAUCAACCCCUUGGUCCUUCCCCUAACACCUUCCCCUGGCCCCUAGUUGUCUACCCUUUGCUCCUAGGCCCUAGCCCUUAGUGUAAACAGAUCUGAUGAAAAGGUGAUGGCAGCACCCAUCUGGUUCCUUCAGAUCUGCUAACAUAGGGGUUUGGAAUGGAGAUUGGAGUCUUUGGCGUGGACCAGAGACUCUACCAGGGUUAUAUUCAUUAGUGCACACUGUAGCAAAAUGUUUUGAAACGGAAAACAAAAAUAAAUUGGACAAGUAUUGUCCUUAUUGGACAAGUCUAGGUAGUCCCUCCCUGUUUCAGUACGUUUUCUUCCGUUUGGUGCUUAAUGAAUACGACCCAUGUUUCCCAGCAACCAUGAUAGGGGUUGGCUAUUUUGGCGGCCAUCUUGGUUACCUCAGUCGUUCUCCACCUCAUAAAGCGUUUUUUUUAGUUGAUCUAAUUACAGACAUACACUAAUUAAUGACAUAUGCUAAGACAAGGGAUUAACUAUGUGAUUCAAAGUAAAUAUUUUCCAUCUGUUUUCACAAUAUUGUACUGUUGGUUAUGUUUCAAGUCCAUUUAUAUUGUAUUAAAAGACAAUGUAUAUUGUAAAAAAGGUCAUCAUUACUUAUGCUACUUAUAUUGUUUGGGAGAAAUGUUGGGUUUUUUGAUGGGGGUAAAAAACUGUAUAUUAAUAUAUAUGCUUAUCUAGAGAGAAUAUGAAUCAAGGAUGCAGAUUUAAACUCGUAGUUUUCAGGUACAAAUGUAGAAUACUGUUACCAUGAUGAUGAGAACCGGACCAGUGCUAGUUUCUCUCCAGGAAUUUUUUGUAUAGAUUUUUUUUCCCAAUUCUUCUCUGGAAGCUGAGAGUUGUGUGUGUGCAGAGAACAUUGCAUUGAACUAUUUCAAUAUCUGCUGUUUGUUAGUAAAUAAACCCAGUCCUUGUAUA